AUGAAGUGGUCUAUUAUUCCAUUCCUCCUGGCUUUCUUGGCCAUCUACAUUCAUGCCGCGCCAGUCGGCACCGAAGCGGCUGCUCCCAAGCCAGUAGCCGAGCGCUAUAUCGAGGACCAAUGCAGCGAUUUCCAGCGCGCACAGAUUCAAACGGCACAAGGCCAGUGCGUGAAACUAGCAUUGCGCGCUGCCAAAGCCGCAUAUGAAGACUCCAGGUUCCCGGCCUACUUCCACUCGGAUUCGUCAGACAUCAGGGCGAAGGUUGCUUCCCGUUUCCACGCAAUAGCAAAGGAAUGCACCAAGCCACGCUUGGGUUACCACUGUUCUUGCGAACCCGACCAGUGUAAGCCCGGUGAAGUGGCAUUCUAUACAAGUGAGGACGACUUCGGCGUGACGUUCUGCCAAUCCUUCUAUGGCAUGCCGCUAGUGAACCCGAAGCCGACAGGUCAAGGCGGGGACCGGGGCACCGUGAUUCUACACGAGUUAACGCACAGUCCUGUGAUAUAUCAUCCUGGCACGCACGAUUUGGAAUAUGGCUUCCAUAACACGACGGAGCGAGUAAAGACGACCGAGGCGGCGCUGGACAAUGCAGAUUCUUUCGUGUUGUUCGCACAGGACGCUCUUUAUAACUCCUACUCAUUGAAUGGGCAAGUAGUGGACUGUUUCCCUGAUCCACAUCUUUGUUAUAUCGUUCCUCUCGAAAAAAGAGAAGUAUCGUCAACACCAGAGCUUGGCGUUCAGCUCACUGCCGCGGGUAACUCCGCCGUCAAGGUCGUAGUGACGAACAACGGCGAUAUAGCUUUGAACCUUCUCAGGAGAGCCACUCUCUUCGAUGAGAAGCUACCCGUCGAGCGCAUCUCGAUGUUCGCUAGCAACAGUUCUAUCAAGGUUCCUUUCGAAGGCAUCAGCGGGGUUCACCUUGAUACCGACAACCUAUCCACAGACGACUUCCUUGUUCUUGGAGCUGGAGAUAAGAAAGAGUUGACGAUUGAAGCUGCCUCUCUACACGAUCUCAGCAACGGCGGAAGCUUUGAUGUGUUCGCGAACGGUAUGCUGCAAUACGCCAACACCAACUCGACCGAGCUUGUUGGCCAUCUCGAAUACACCUCCAACAAGCUCAGCAUCACUGUCAACGGUACCGAAGCGGCUACUCACAAGCCAGUAGCCGAACGUUGGGCCGAUCCCUACUUUUGCCGACGUACGUACUCCUUUCCAUCACAGACUCGCACAAACGCUGACGCAGGCUUCAUAGCUUUCAUGAAUGAUCAAAUCGCCGAGGCACAAAAGAAUUGUCAAAAGCUAGCAUUGGGAGCUGCAGCUGCAGCUCGAGCCGGCCACCGCCAUCUCGAAACCUUCUUCCACUCGCGAACACAAGCUACGAAAGAUGCGGUUUCUGCCCGAUACACCGCAAUAGCGCAAGAAUGCGCUAAUCCUAGUGCAAGCUUGAAUCUCUACUGUCAUGACCGUAUCGGCAAUUGUAACGGUAAUCUUGCAUACUACGCCCGGCUUGGUCUCGGCAUCACGUUCUGCGCUGAUUACUGGGACCUGCCGGCAGUAGCGAAAGGGCAAUGUUCAGCCAAGGAUCAGGGCACUGUACUUCUGCACGAGAUGACGCAUUCUUCAGAGGUGUAUAGCCCUGGUACCAGGGACUGGGCUUAUGACUACUGGCCUUCCGUUAAGCUGUCUUCCAGGAAGGCGCUGAACAACGCAGAUUCGUUCAAGCUGUUUGCAAACCGUAAGCUGAUGUCCUUAUACGACCGAUGA